AUGAAAGCUGGAGGAGAAACUCCACAAUGAGCUCUGCACCGGGCUCUGAAUAACAUCACAGGAGCGAGGAGGAACACGCGGUCCUUCCCACACGGAGAGAGCGCAUCUUGAGGGCCCCGUUCGCCUGGAAACUACUCCACUUUCGGCUCGGCUCACAUCAUCUCUCAGCCAGGAUGAACGAGUGCUGCAUGUCCACUGAAGACAGAGAAUGUCUGAGGAUCAGCAAGGAGAUUGAGAGGCAGCUGAGGAGGGAGAAGGAGGGUUCGGCCAGAGAGAUGAAAUUGCUGCUCCUGGGGGCCGGGGAGAGUGGGAAGAGCACCUUCAUCAAGCAGAUGAGGAUCAUCCACGGUUCGGGCUACUCCGAAGAAGACAGGAGAGGCUUCACCAGGAUCGUCUACCAGAACAUCUUCACCUCCAUGCAGGCCAUGGUCCAGGCAAUGGAGUGUCUGGGCAUCCCCCUCGCAGACCCCCGCAACACACAAUACGCAGAGAUGUUGAAGCAGGUGCAGCUGCACAUGGUGACCACGCUGGACCAGAGGCAUGUGGAGGCCAUUGCGCAGCUGUGGAAGGACUGGGGGCUCCAGCACUGCUACCAGCGCAGGCGGGAAUACCAGCUGUCCGAUUCCACCAGCUAUUAUCUCGAUGCCCUGGAUCGAAUCUCUAAGGCCACUUACGUGCCCACCGAACAGGACAUCCUAAGAGUUCGGGUGCCCACUACGGGAAUCAUAGAGUAUCCCUUUCACCUGCAAAACGUGACCUUCAGGAUGGUGGAUGUGGGAGGUCAAAGGUCAGAGAGGAAGAAGUGGAUCCACUGCUUUGAGAGGGUGACUUCCAUUAUCUUCCUUGUGGCGCUCAGCGAAUAUGAUCAAGUUUUACUGGAAUCUCCCGAUGUGAAACGCAUGGAGGAGAGCAAGGCGUUGUUCAGGACUAUCAUCACCAGCCCCUGGUUUGAGGAAUCUUCUUUCAUCCUCUUUCUAAACAAGACGGACCUCCUAGAAGAGAAGAUUGCACAUUCUCACCUGGUGGACUAUUACCCCAAUUACACGGGUGAUUAUGGUUUGUGGAAACUUCUAGGCCCCAAGAAUGAUGCUGUGUCAGCUAGACGCUUCAUCCUUCGCAUGUAUGAGGAGCAGAACACAGAGAAGAAGAACAUCUACUCCCACUUCACCUGCGCCACAGACACGGAGAACAUGCGCUUCGUAUUUGCUGCGGUCAAGGACACCCUGAUUAACAUUAACCUUAAAAUGUUCAGCAUAUUAUAAAGUUCACGAGUGUGAUGAGGUAUGUGCAAGAUGCUGGAGAUGCUCCAGUUCCGAUGAGUGUAACACUGGACAGAAACUGAAUCUGCAAAAGUAUCGGAAGGGAGAAACAUGUAUGUAUGCGCUGCAGUUCAUUUUUUGGGUUAACGUGAUGUAAAUACACGUGAUGUUGUAACAUA